UUUUUCAUCAUCAAGAGCGAGUGUAACAUUCUAGUGCCGUAUUUAUUUAAGGGAUUAAGCAAUAACUAUGAUGAGAGCGCGGUUCCCACUGUUGCUGUUGCUGGGACUUGUUUUCCUAGCAUCAGUUUCUGUCUCAUUUGGCAUCGCUUACUGGGAACGGGACAACCUCGUUCACAGCAAAUGCCUCCGCAGUUGCAAUGCCGAGAAUGACGCCUACAGGCACGAAGCAUGUCACGCUCGUUGCAACCUCCUUAAGCAUGACGGAGCUGAAGCCCAUCAAUCACACGAGGAGACGGGACAUCGCGAAAGGGCACGCCAGGAGGGUGAGAAGGAGGAAAAGAAACACCACGAGGAAGAAGGACACCCUCAUCCAUUUCCACGACCUCAUCAGCAAAAAGAGCAUGAGCAUGAGCAUGAGCAAGAGGGACAAUCUCGUCCAUUUCCACGCCGACACCAACCUCAUCAGGAGCAUCAGCAUCAGCAUGAGCCUGAAGAAGAAGAAGGUCAAGGUUCGGAGUCAGAGUCACAAACACAUCACAACCCUUUUCACUUCGACUCUAACAUGUUCCACACGUUUUUCAAGAACCAAUACGGUCACAUUCGUGUCCUUCCCAGAUUCGAUCAACGCUCCUCAAAACUUCAGAACCUUAGAGACUACCGGGUUGUGGAGUUCCAGUCCAAACCCAACACCCUCCUUCUCCCCAACCACGCUGAUGCUGAGUUCAUCCUUCUUGUCCUUAACGGUAGAGCCAUACUUAACAUCGUGAGCCCCGACGACAGAGAGUCCUACGACCUUCACCAGGGAGAUGCUCAGAGAAUCCCUGCAGGAACCACUUACUAUUUGAUCAAUCCAGACGACAAGGAAACACUCAAAGUAGCAACACUCGCCAUGCCCGUUAACGAACAUGCCAAUUUUGAGAAUUUCUACCUAUCUAGCACUGAAAGCCAAAAAUCCUACUUGCAAGCCUUCAGCAAGAAUAUUCUAGAGGCCUCCUUUGAUACUGAAUUUGAGGAGAUCAACGAGGUUCUGUUUGGAGAGGAGAAACACAAGCAUGGUGAGCAGAGCCAGCAAGAGGGAGUCAUAGUGAAACUGUCAAAGGAACAAAUUCGGGAACUGAGCAAACAUGCCAAAUCCAGUUCAAGGAAAACCAUUUCCUCCGAAGAUAAACCAUUCAACUUGAGAAGCCGCGAGCCCAUCUAUUGCAACAAGUUUGGCAAGUUUUUUGAGAUCACCCCAGAGAAAAACCCGCAGCUACGGGAGUUGGAUCUCUUCCUCAGUUUUGUGGAAUUGAACGAGGGAGCGCUUUUUCUGCCACACUACAAUUCAAAGGCCAUAGUGAUACUAGUGGUCAAUGAAGGAGAAGCAAACAUUGAACUUGUGGGCAUAAGCGAACAACAUCCACGGAGGUUUAGAGCUGAAUUGUCUGAAAACGACAUAUUUGUAAUCCCAGCAGCUUUUCCAGUUGUCCUCAACGCUACCUCAAAUUUCAAUUUCUAUGCGUUUGGUGUCAAUGCUGAGAACAACCAGAGGAACUUCCUUGCAGGUGAGAAAGACAACGUGAUAAUGCAGAUACAAAGACAAGUGAAGGAGCUUGCGUUCCCUGGGUCCGCUCAAGAUGUUGAGAAGCUACUAAAGAACCAAAAGGAUUCCUUCUUUGUGGAUGCUCAGCCUCAGCAGAAUGACGAGGGGAACAAGGGAAGAAAGGGUCCACUGUCUUCAAUUUUGGGGGCUUUUUACUGAAUAACUUUGUCGUAAAAUGUAUGUAUGCUGUAAUAGCUCAUAGUGAGCGUGGAAAGUAUCGGGCCAUGUAACUACUACUUGAGCUCCACCGCUAUGAUUAAAUAAAUCGAGUAUGAUGCUUUUUUGUUUUGUGUC